CUUGAGAACCGAGCGGACGCCGAGCUGCAAGUAACUGCACCGACUUUCAACCGGAAGAGCCGAGCCGAACCAAAGUCGCCUCUUCUUCUCCAACCUCCCCUCGCCUCUUGACUAGGCCAGGGUUCCAUCCCAACCCCGCCGCCAUCCGAUCCGAUGGAGGGCGGCGACUCGUCCGGCGCCGGCGCCGGCUCCGGUGGCGCCGUGGCGGCGGCGGCCAAGUGGCGGAGCGACGCGUCGCGGUCGUUCCAGUACUACCUGGACCGCUCCACGCCUCACGCCACUGGGCGGUGGCUCGGCACGCUCGCCGCCGCGGCAAUCUACGCGCUGCGGGUCUACAUGGCGCAGGGCUUCUACAUCGUCACCUACGGGCUUGGGAUCUACCUCCUCAACCUCCUCAUCGGUUUCCUCUCCCCCAUGGUCGACCCCGAGCUCGACCCCUCCGCCGCCGCCGAGGGGCCGGCGCUGCCCACCCGGGGGUCUGACGAGUUCAAGCCCUUCAUCAGGCGUCUCCCCGAGUUCAAGUUCUGGUAUGCAAUCACAAAAGCUUUUGUUGUAGCUUUUGUGAUGACUUUCUUCUCUGUGUUUGACGUUCCUGUCUUCUGGCCUAUACUCCUCUGCUACUGGGUUGUUCUCUUUGUCCUUACAAUGAAGCGCCAGAUUGUGCAUAUGAUCAAAUACAAAUAUGUGCCUUUCAGUAUCGGGAAACAGAAAUACGGUGUGAAGAAGAGUGUCGCAAGCACCAGUUCCUCGAAAGACUGAUUAUGAGUCUACCUCAGUAGGAACUUGGCAGGGGAACAAGAUACGGUGGAUGAUGAUGUGCUAAAUACCUAAGUGUAAUACUCCAUUCAUAUCUAGAUGUAGACGGAUAUUCGCUCCUGUUUCUGACUCUGGGCUCACUGUUUAAUUCGAUAUUGUGCUUAGCUCCCUCCUAUGCUUGUAUAGCGAAUUCCGCAUCUCAGAUAAAUUAUUUCGUUUAUUUACUA